AUGUCUAAUAAUCCUGAGGUGCUCGACGUGAACGUCGACCCUGUGGGUCAAGUUAACCCCAAGGUGCCCGCGAACACGGAGAAGACAAACACCUUCCACACGCCGGCUCACGCCUUCACUGGCGACGAUGAGAAGGAUCUCGAUGUUGAGCGCAUCAAGUCGCUCGACGAUGAGCACCAUGACGAUUUCACUAUCGAUCCAUUUAAGCCUUUCGACGAUCUGCCUCCGGAGGGCAAGCAUAUCCUAACUAUACGAGCUAUCUUUGUCGGUCUGUGCUGCGGUGCUCUCGUCAACGCUUCCAACGUCUACCUUGGGUUGAAGACUGGAUGGACCUUCACUGCGAACUUGUUCGGUGCUAUCGCCGGUUUCGCUAUCAUCAAGUUCCUUUCUAAGGUCAUCCCCCAAAGUUGGCCUAUGCUAGGUGGUGAUUUCGGUCCUCGUGAGAACAACAUUUGCCAAACCGCUGCCAUGGCCUCUGGUGGUCUCUCGAACGUGUUCGUCUCCGCGUUCCCGGCUAUGUACCAGCUCAAGCUUCUUGGUGCAACCCCCAAAGACGAUUAUUGGGCCAUUGUGGCUUUGGCGGCGGUCUCUGGCUACUUUGGUUUCUUCUUCGCUACGCCCCUACGCAAGUUCUUCAUUGUAUACGUGGCGCGUGAGCUCCGCUUGAUCUUCCCGACGCCUUCUGCAACUGCCAUGACCAUCCGGUCCAUGCACCAGGCUGUCACUGGAGAAGCCAUUGCGAAGAUGAAGAUGAAGGGAUUGUCCAUAGCCUUUUCCGGCGCGCUUGUCUUGCGAGUCGUCUCGCAGUACGCUCCUGGUAUUCUCUGGGACUGGCACUUCUUCACCUGGUUCCAUAUCUGGUCGAAGUAUCACUCUCAUGCACUCGCUGUUGAGUCUUGGGGUUGGUUCCUCGAGUGGACUCCUGCAUUCCUUGGCUCCGGUAUGCUUGUCGGUCUGAACGUCUCCAUCUCGUUCUUGGCUGGCUCGGUCCUUGCCUGGGGAAUUAUCGGUCCGGCUCUCGUGCACAACCACAUGGCCUGGGGCACCAACCUCGGAGAGGGUACCAAAUGGGACGGGUACACCAAUUUCGGAUCCCUCAGCUUGGCUGCUUGCAACAAGGACUGGCCAUCUCCUCGCUACUGGCUUCUGUGGCCCGGUGUCCUUGUCAUGAUUGCAGUCUCUUUCACUGAGCUCAUUCUCCAGUACAAGGUUAUCUACUUCGGAUUUAAGGCUCUCUACCGUGGCAUUGCCGCUGGUCUUUACGCAUUGGGCCGGAAGGCCGGCCGCGACCUGACUUGGGCGAAGAACGCGGGUUCCCAGGCCGACGAAGACCUCGUUGAAGACUCUGCCGCGCCGCACGAGCAGGUGAAGAUGUGGAUGUGGGCUCCUGGUCUGCUCCUCAGCAUCAUCUGUAUCUGCAUUGUUCUUGGUGUUCAGCACGAUAUGCCUGUCGGCAUGUCGAUUUUGUCCGUCGUCCUCGCAUUUUUCUUCUCCUUCGUCGCUGUGCAGUGCACUGGUGUUACGGACAUUACGCCUCUUACUGCUGCGUCAAAGGCUUCGCAGAUCAUUCUCGGUGGUGCCACGAAGGGUGAGCACUGGGAUAUUACCAGGGCCCAGAGGCUCAACCUCUUCGGCGGUGCCAUGUGCAACAUGGGUGCUUCUCAAGCUACGGAUCUUGUCUGUGACUUCCGAACUGGUUUCCUUCUUCGCACGCCUCCGAUCUACCAAUGGCUCGCUCAGGGUCUCGGCACCAUCGUCGCUAUGUUCCUCGCCCCUGCCAUGUUCCAGCUCUUCGCAACGGCCUACCCUUGCAUCAUCGACAUUGAUGCAGAGACUUGCUCCUUCGGCAUCCCCUCCGUGUCUGCCUGGCGUGCAACUGCCGUCGCUGUAACCGACCCUACAUUCCCCAUCCCGCCGUCCUCCGGAUACUUUGCCAUCGCCUUCGCGAUCUUCGGUUCCGCCAUGGUCAUGGUCCGCCACUACGUCUGGGUCGGCCGUCUUGAGUGGAUGCGCAAGUACCACCCCAAUAUGAUGUGCAUCGGACUCGCUUUCGUCCUUGCGCAGACGCAGUACGGAACUGCGAUGACGAUCGGUUCGGCUGUUGCGGCAUACUGGCAGCACAAGAACCCAGAGCACUUUGAUGUCUACGGAUACGCUGUUGCGGCUGGUCUCAUCGCUGGCGAGGGUAUCGGCGGUGUGAUCAAUGCUGUGUUCCAGGUUGCUGGCAUCGCUGGUGACAAGUAUGGAUCUUGCAUUGCGACGCCUGCUGGUGAGGUCAUUGGAUGCCAGUAG